AUGGACAACACGAUUACUCCUCCACUCGCACACGGCGAUCCCGCCCGCGUUUUGGGCGUCGCGGAAUUGCUCGAAUACGUACUCAUCAACCUUGAACCCGCCGACAUCCUCUACAACGCCCAGGCCGUCUGUAGCUUUUGGAAAGAGUGUAUCCAGGGAUCCAACUCCAUCAAGAAGAAGUGUUUCUUGGUCGCCGACGAGAUAAGCGAAAAGGACACAGACCGUCUUUUGUUUCUCGGAUCGCAUCUCCCGGACUUGGGCAAAACUCUACUUGCAGAAUGGCGCCAUUAUGGAGAUACUGAAGAUCUUUGUCGACUGACAAAGGUAACUCCGGUUACUCUUCGUGCACUCUUCGCCGGUGACCCACUCGAUCGUCGAUUGCAAUACAAGUCGGGCAUCUACGAUUAUUUCAAUAAACUGGACGAUGCAAAGGAGUCCAUUCCUCUCACGAUGAACGUGGGUCGUGAAGGUUGCGAGCUUUAUCAGGAUCGUGAGUACGACGUGCGUAUCUGGGAGUCGCUGCUUGACAUGUCUCGGUUGAACCCGCUGCUGCGCCAGUCGUGGAGAGGGAAAGCGUCGGCUGCCUUCACAGGCUACGAGAAACACAUCAUCUUUGCACUGGGCGACAACUCCCUCGAUGGCUGUGAGUACUUCACAUAUAUUCGAGAGUUCCUGGAGACAUUCGUCAAUGCAAUGAGCACCAAUGAGUCAAGACAGCCCUGGAAGACUCUCCAGAUCAGCUCACCUGCCGCCACCGAACUUACUGUCACGAUUUCCCUACCGGCAGGCGACUCUGACGCCCACUAUCUUCUCUGUUAUACUGGUAUCACGAUGAUCGAUUUUGCGCGCGCUUUCAUCAUUGCGGUACGGGGACCUUUAGAGGACUACGAGCAAAUCGAUUUGGAGAACUGGAUGGGUAGAAUUCACCAGUUCAGGGAAGACACUAGAGUCUGGACGGGCAUGAUGCGCUCAUACAAGAAAGAGAAGAAGCUUAUCGACGACUUGAUUGAACGAGUGGACAACAUGGAAAGUGUAUGGUAG